CGCUCCAGUUCCUGGUGGGGUUUCUGUAUUGUUCACAAAGCAAUGUCCGGCUGUUGAGCGGUGACGGUUUAUUUGCGUAUAGGCGGAGCCCAGUGGAGUCCUUGUUCGGGUCUUGGUUGUUGUCGCUGCAGAUAAAUUUAAACAUCUAAUAAGACUUGAUUAGAACAUCAAAUUCAUAAAGUAAAGACCAUAACAUAUCUCCGCUGGCAGGGAGCAGGUUUAUUAACGCUGUCAGAUGCACUGAGCACUGUCCGGCCGCCCUUGUUGCCAUGAGUAACAGCCACCCGCUGCGCCCCUUCACCUCAGUGGCAGAGAUCGAUCACGUGCACAUCCUGUCGGAGCAUGUUGGUGCGCUGAUCCAGGGAGAGGAGUACAGCGACGUCACCUUCAUUGUGGAGAAGAAGCGCUUCCCUGCGCACAGGGUCAUUCUGGCUGCACGCUGCCAGUACUUCAGAGCGCUGCUGUAUGGAGGGAUGAAGGAGUCACAGCCCCAGGCAGAGAUCCCUCUAGAGGACACCACAGCGGAGGCAUUCAGCAUGCUGCUGCAGUACAUCUACACGGGGCGCGUGUCUCUGAGCAGCGAGCGAGAGGAAGUGCUGCUCGACUUCCUGAGCCUGGCACACCGCUACGGGUUCGAGCAGCUGGAGGACUCCACCUCAGAGUACCUGCGCACCAUCCUCAACACGCAUAAUGUGUGCCUCAUCUUCGACGUGGCCAGCCUCUACUCCCUGCGCAAGCUCAGCACCACCUGCUGCACCUACAUAGACCGCAACGCCCCUGACGUGCUGGCCAGCGAGGGCUUCCUGUCCCUGUCCAAGCUGGCCCUGCUCACUGUGGUGCGGCGGGACUCGUUUGCAGCCCCGGAGAAGGAGAUCUUCCAGGCACUGUGCCGCUGGUGCCGCCACAACUCCGCAGAGAAGCCGGAGGAGGUGAUGGGCGCAGUGCGGCUGCCGCUGAUGAGCCUGGCGGAGAUGCUGAACGUGGUGAGACCGUCUGGGCUGCUGUCCCCCGAUGCCCUGCUCGACGCCAUCAAGACCCGGUCCGAGAGCAGGGACAUGGACCUCAACUACAGAGGCAUGCUGAUCCCGGAGGAGAACAUUGCCACUAUGAAGCAUGGUGCCCAGGUGGUGAAGGGGGAGCUGAAGUCAGCCCUGCUGGACGGAGACACACAGAACUACGACCUGGACCACGGGUUCUCGCGCCACCCCAUUGAGGACGACUGCCGCUCUGGCAUUGAGGUGAAGCUAGGCCAGCCCUCCAUCAUCAACCACAUCCGCCUCCUGCUGUGGGAUAGGGACUCGCGGUCGUAUUCGUACUACAUCGAAGUGUCGAUGGAUGAGAUGGACUGGGUGAGCGUUGUCAAUCACUCCAAGUACCUGUGCCGCUCCUGGCAGAACCUCUAUUUCCCUCCCCGCGUGUGCAGGUAUAUCCGCAUCGUAGGCACUCAUAACACUGUGAACAAGGUGUUCCACCUGGUGGCGUUUGAGUGCAUGUUCACAAACCAGCCCUUCACGCUGGAGAGAGGCCUGUUAGUGACCUCAGAGAAUGUGGCGACGAUCGCGGCCUGUGCCAGCGUGAUUGAGGGGGUGAGCCGGAGCCGAAACGCACUGCUGAACGGAGACACCAAGAACUACGACUGGGACUCGGGGUACACCUGCCACCAGCUGGGCAGUGGGGCAAUCGUGGUGCAACUCGCACAACCCUACAUGAUUGGAUCAAUAAGAUUGUUGCUGUGGGACUGUGAUGACCGGAGCUACAGCUACUACAUCGAGGUCUCCACUAACCAGCAGCAGUGGACAAAGGUCAUCGACCGCACAAAGGGUGGCUGCAGGUCGUGGCAGACACUUACCUUCGAGAGGCAUCCUGCUUCCUUCAUCAGGAUCGUGGGGACACACAACACCGCCAACGAGGUGUUCCACUGCGUUCACUUCGAGUGCCCAGCCCAGCUGGACUGCGAGGUGAAGGAGGGCAGCCCUGGAGAGCCUGGCCAGGACCCAUCAGACUCGGGUUCAAACUGCUCACCACAGUCCCGGCCCUCGCAGCUCUCCAGAGCACAGAGCCUGCAGCCCCCCUCCCCCUCCACCUCCCCCACCCCCACCCCCACCACUGCAUCGAGACCUCACUCACGCCACUGAGAGGUGAAAGAAGAGACUCAAACACUGCAUGGAAACCCAGCUGCCAGCCAUGGUGUGCUCUUUGUUGAAAUAUUGUAUAUGUUGUUGCUGUACUGUACAGGAGCCCUCUGGUCAACCUCAAACUUUCUCAGGUCCAAUAGGCCUGUCUGUCUCUCUUGUUUUGUUUUGAUGUGCAUAAAACUGUCAGUGUACCUACAGCCAGCUGCAGCUCUGCGAGGGCUGGGAGUGAUGCGUUUUGCUUUUUAUAUGAAGGGUUAAAAUGAAAAAAUGUUAGAUGCUGGUAGGAACAAAAAACUGUGCACCUUGGGGUUCUGGGAGGCUAGAUUUGAGGAGCUCAUCACAUCAUGUGAUCUAUACCUGCGUACAUCUCCGCAGAAGGGAUUUCCUGCAGGGAUUUAAGUAGUUGUAAACAAGGCUUCUGAAAAUUAACUAUUGGCAAAGACAUGCAUGUCAACUGUGGAGUUCAGUCGGAGUGUUUUAUACUAUAGGAUGUGUGCAGUGUAAUUUUUCAUAUUUAAGUAUUUUCAACGUUCACAUCAAAUGUAAACUGAAUCGAACAUCCCUGACAUCUAGUGACCUAACUUUAUCCCACAUCUGCCCCUUAGGGGUGGGUACUGUGUGUCUUACUGUAGUACUGUGAAUCUUUAAUUAUUGUUUUGUUUUUUUUUCUCGAUCUCACUGAAACACACUGUUUCCAGUGCGUGUGUAUGUCUUGUCUCUGUGUGUGAGCAUGUCUGUUUCUAGGGCUCAGCAACUGAAUCCUCAUCACGCAGCUCUUUCUCUUUUAAAUUCACAGAUAAGAUGUCAAGAGACCUUGUUGCAUGAAAACUGAUAGGGAGAGAGCUACCCAUGACGUCACAUCAAUUAAAUUAUAAUCUUGCUGGGCGAAGUAAUCCGAGAUAAUCGCCAUCUACCGUACACAUUAGAAAGAGUGUCUCAGUGAGUUUGGAGGUCGGGGGAGAAGCAGCAUUUUAUAUUAAACAAGCUUCCACCGAAUAAUUAGCUCGUGGUCUGCACUGAGGGGGCUAUAAUUGCGCGUCUGAUUGAUUCGCAUUGAGAAGCAUGGCUGUGUCAACAAGAAGGCCUGCAUUAAGCUUGCUGGUGUCACUGGGGGUUUGUUAGAGCCCUCAGGCCUGUCCUGGUGAGGCUCCAGGCUGGAAAACUCUGCUCUGAUUGUAAAGCAGGGCUGGUAAUUUCCCAGGCCGAUGCAGUCACAAGGAUGAAGCGAGCGCAGCAGUCCUUAGAGAGAGAGAGAGAGAGAGAGAGUGUGAGUGUGCAGGAAUAUUAUCCACACACCAGCUUUACCUCCUACAAAAAAUAAAGCACCGCUUGCAUAUCAUUAUUAUAAAUUGCCUUGUUUUUCCAUUUUCGUAAAUCCAUUUACUAAGAAAAUAAAAUCUGGUCAAGUAGUAACCUGAGUGUAGAAACAGUGAUUAAUAACUGUUUCUCUCAAAUAACAAUAUUCUGUAUGGUUUUUCUACUAACAUCCAUUAGAAAAAGAAUACGCCAGUGUAUGGACUUGCUUGCGUUAUUAGGACUAACUGUGAUGUCCAUUUUUUUUUAUUUAUUCAUUCUCAGAGCUUUGGCUCAGUUAAUAAAAGCAGCACUGCAAAUCAUUUGUGUUUUAAUCAUAAAGGAGGUGCUGGGAGGCCAGGGCGCAGGGGUGAAAGAUAAUUGAACGGCAAGGGGACACCAUUAAUCAGGUACAAUAGAGCAAUCGAUACACAAUUAAAAAAGCAACGCCUCUCUCCUCUCCACGGACAGCAGCAGCCAGUUGCAGUUCACUGCUGUGCCUUACCUGACCUCCUUUCCAGGCCCACAGGAAGUACUAGAGGAAACACAGUUGUAUAUUAAGUGGAAACAGACUUGGUACAGAGAGUGCAGUGGUGAGGGUAUGGAAUGGGUUACCUAGCCAUGUUGUUAAAGUUUUGAGAACAAUCAGCUACUUGGAACUUGACGAGCACUGAUGGGCUGAAUGGCUUCCUCUUGUUUGUAAUUUUUUUUAAUGUUCUUAGAAUGUCUGGAGUAAAAAGGGGGUAAACUUGUAAAAUGUACUGCUGUGUGAUUUACAGUCUUGAGGAGGUUAAAAUCUGCUCCUGUAAUAGAGCUGACACAUUUUAUAGAAUGUAGGGGAAUAUUGUAUAUAACUGUUUUAAAAAGGCCUUGUUUUCUAAAUGAUCUUCUUAGAAGUAUUGUGUGCCUGUCUGUUGUUGUCGUAGUGCUGUCUGCUGAAUCAAAGAUCAGCUUAACCCACUUAGGCCCUGACUAUAAAAGCUGGUGGUUUUUGCUCAUUUAUAUGUAUUUAUAGAUAUUUUGCUCAGUUAAGACAGACACAGUGGGCAAGAUUCCAGGAGUGUAUGUGGCGGAUCUGCAGGGGGCGCUUUCUCCUAUCUAAACAUCACCUUGAUGCCCCAGCCUACCUUCAGGAGGUGCUCCUUAAUAAAUGUGUCCCUCUAGAAAAACACAAUUCCGAGAUCACAGGGAAAAAAACUUCUCCGAAUUAGCUCCAACUUCCAGAAUUUUCAAUGCAUAGAAAAAACACUGACAAGUUGUGAAUUUUUCUUCAAUUUUUCUGGCACGAGACCAGCGCAUAAACACUAUCUGUAGGGCAGUGAGAAGUGUGGCGGGAUUCAUUGCAGAUUGGAGAUCGGAUGCGUUGGAUCUUAACAACGAAGGGACAGCAUAUGACAAAAAAAAGUGAUUUCAAACUUUUACUUACCAAAGUGUAUAAAACAUGUCAAUAAGACGUUUGUCAAAUUACAAAUGUACUCCGCUGUACUAAGUUUUUCCAGCAAAUGUGUAGCUUCUAAAGACAAAGCAUAGGAACUAUUUUGCACUGGCAGAAGGAUACAUUACAUAAAACUUAGUUUAAAUAUGAAAAUUGUUUUUUUCUUUUUUUGUUUGUUUUGGUUUUAUAUAACAUAAACAUAGAGCCAUUUUUUAAGAGCAGUAACCAACUCCAGAGUGUGUGGUAAGACAUGUCUUACUGCACUUCUGGGUAGUUGAAGAUAGGCCUAUGUCUUACUGUGCACCCUGUCGUGGGUUAUUGCUUGCUUAAUUACUUUUUUAUUUAUUAAUUCUCAUUAACACCAUCUCAUUGAAGUCAUUGCUGCAGACUUGGACAAGUUCUUAGCAGAAAAUAAAUGUUUCUGUUUGCAGAUGUUUGGAAAUUUUACAACAGAUUUCCGUAGGGCCUAAUAAAGGUUUACCAUAGUAAAUUGCAUGUUCAUUUUGCAGUUUUCUCAUGCUUUUCCCAUGGCUUUACUGUGCAUUUACCAUAGUUUACCUUGAUUUGAUUUUUUUAAUAGGCUUUACCAUGCUUUGCUUUAUUACACUUUGCUAUACUUUCACUGGGAAACUUUUAUAAGUGCUGUGCUAAAUAACCCAAGUCCUGUGUACAACCUGACAGCAGGAUACAGGCACUGAUGGCACUGCAAGGUCAGCAGUCCACAGCUGAUCCUGAAUCUAAAGGCUUACAGCUUUGUGAUUUAAUCAUUUUCAGAAUGUAUUUGUUUCAUAACUUGCCCAAACUUAGAAAACCAGGCUUUAAGCAGGGACUCUCCUUUCUAUCCUGAGCAGUUUCUCUUUGUAAGUGUUUUUAAAUAUUGUUUGAUUUUGACUACACACAGUGGACUGAACCUUCAGAGGGUUUAAUUGUCUUGUGUACUGAGCGUGUUUGUAGGAAGCCUAUUUAGGUUGCAUCUGGAAAUGUAUUCUGUGGAUAUGUGCACAGGUUGCGAUAAAGGAGAUAUUCAUAUUUUGUGUGCGUGGUUGUGUGUGUAUGAUUGUACAGAGUGUGUGACUGGGUGUGUCUAAGCUGAUCAGAUGAUGAUCUAGUUGGGUUGAUCUCCUCAUGUAAGCUGCUAGCACAGUCAUAUAAUCCAUAAUUACUAAAGACUCAAUAGUGCUCAAUUUUAGAAAUACUAAAAUAAAUCAAUAGCCAAAAUUUCAAAGACUUCUAGUCUAAAUGUUUGCCAUUUAAUUUAUUAGGUUUCUUUAGAAUUUCUAGAUCUAUGUUCACCGAACAGUUUGGGACAGUUCCACCACAGUGCAUUCUGGUACGUUUUACGUGUCUCAAGUACCUUUCAUGUCAAUAACCCCAAAAAUACUACCUCUCCCUUUUAAAAAUGUGUGUCAAUAUUGAUGACUGCGCUAUGAUGUCGGCCUGUAAAUAAUAAUAUAAAAGCUGGCAUAUCACAUGUGCUAGAGGGAACAGUUACAAUCCGGUCGAUUACAAAAGUCUGGAAGUCCAGAGUUACUGUAUUAACACCAGUAUAUAAUAUGAAAUACGGUAACUCCAGUUUCUUGCAACAAAAGGGAUGGAUACUAUUAUAUAACAUUUACUUUAAAAUGAAGUUGCUUUCAAGAAAUUUAGAACAAGAACGAAAAACUAAAUAAAAAUGCACUAUGGGUUGUGUUGCACACGUGCCAUUAACAAAAUGCCCCAAACAUUUUUAAUGAAGAAAAUUUUAUAAUUAAGGGUAAAUAAUUAAAACAAUGAAAAGGUUACUGUACCAUGCUGAAAAACGUUUGAGCGCUCCAAUAAACCAGUGUUGUCUUUCGCCAGUCAAAGCGUAGGGGCCAAAAUAAAGUUUUGACAAACAGUUUUUUUUUUCAUCUGUUCAAUCUCCUUUAAGCAGCUACAUCUAUCCCAGAUAUAAUAGAUUCAGUUAUAUUGUUGACCGCCAGAAGUUUGACGAUGACUUAAUUGCCAGCAACUUCCCUAGUUAGAUGAGGAGCCGAUAUCUUCAGCCAAAAAAGCAGGCACAGCAUUUCAAGGUGUUGCUAUAAGGAAAAACAGUUAAUGUAGAGUGAGUUUUGUACUAAAGCAGGGUCAGCUGUUGCAGGGAAAAGGGAAUUUAUUUCUCAAACGGAAGAACUGUGAAAGCAUAAAAAGACGGGAAUGCAAUUUGGAAGUGCAAACCUACCCUGACACCAAUAGCCAGAGCAAUGUGCUACUGAAGUACUGCAGUGCUGACAAAAAAACAUUUCAGGAAUUAAAAAUCAAAUGUAAUGCAGCUUACUUGAUUAAUGGAGUCAUCAGCUGCAUAGAUUAAUCAUUACUGUUUUAGUAUCGCUUUAGUGUCAUAACAAGUUGUUUUCGUAUUUUAAGCAGUUAAAUAUGGUUGCUCCUAAAGUCAGUACCCAACAUUUGGAUUUGGCUACCAACACGUUUGUCUGGAGCCCUGCUACACUUGCCAGACCGCAUUGCGAUGAAAUUUAAAAAGUCAGUCCCAAACUGUCCCAGUGAACUUGGUCCCCCUAAGUGCACUCCUAGCAAUGUGCGUGGCUUGAGUAGACCAAACCAACUGAACCAGAGCAGCUCCUAAAGACAAAAGUGUGUGUGUGUGUGUGUGUGUGUGUGUGUGUGUUCACAGUCACCUGUGUCUCAUCCAGUCACACAUUGCUUGCACCAGACUGAACAAAUGCUUCUAAAUUGGUAGCAAGAAUCUGGUAAAAUAGUGACUAAUGAAAUUUGACUUGGAAGUGAGUUUGAGCAGUUUACAUACUGUACUCCAUGUGUUUGUUUGAGCACAUAGGACCUAAUGAGCUGAUCUUCCACCCUUUUCACCAGAUUAUCAGAAUCCAUUUGCCUAAACCAGCACUUAACCCAAAACAGCCAAUACUCAACGAACCCCACAGCCGUGUCCACUAUAGUGAAAGAACCUGGCGCCAAAGUGUGGAUUUAAUUUGAAAAAAAAAAAUUCAUAAUGAGUUAUAAAGAAGCAUGUUUUCAUUUAAUUCAAUCCUUAUUUCUAGAGUCAAAUCUCUAUUAAGUAAAGUACUGAAAAAACAGGAACUGCGUAAGAUAGAUGUUUGUGUUAUGAAGAUUUUUCUGCAGGUUAUUGUACAUCAAUGAUGUUGUUCUGUAAAAAUGAGUAAUUGAAGUACAAAAUGAAGACUGAACCCCUGUAAUAAAAUGCUGUUUAAUCUGAAAA